AUGGAGACGGAGGGUCCAGACUCACCAGAGCCAAGCUGUGUGUCCUUAAGAAGUGACCAUUCAAAAGCACAUCAUGUGCUCUUCAAGGAUGAAGACCCCUUUGAAUACAGCUCAGGGCAGACAGGUAGAUCUUCUCCAACUCCCAGCCAUGUGUCCUUGGCCAGUAAUAUGUCAAUCAAUCAGCCUUUGGAAUUUAAAUCAUGCAGUAAUACCUUACUGCUGAAAGAAAUUCAAGAAGCAAUCCAAUCAGUCCUAAGGAUAAGGUUUCAGUGUUUGCAUGAAGGAUUAUCAAAACACAGUGUCCUCAUACCUCUCAAUGACAUCUACACUGAGCUCUACAUUACAGAAGGGGAAGGUGGAGAGCUUAAUAAUGAACAUGAGAUCAGAUGGAUUGAAACAGCCUGUAGGAGGGCAUUGACAGAGGACAGACCAGUUAACCUGAAUGAUAUCUUCAAACCAUUACAUGGACAAGACCGACCCAUCAGAACUGUGCUGACUAAAGGAGUCGCUGGCAUUGGAAAAACAGUUUCUGUGCAGAAGUUCAUCAUAGACUGGGCUGAAGGAGAAGCAAAUCAGGACAUAUGGUUCAUUUUCCCACUUCCUUUCAGAGAGCUCAAUUUGCUGAAGGACCAAUCAUUCAGUCUUAAAGGUCUCCUCCAGUAUUUCAUGAACAUAGAACUUGAUAUCUCUUUACAUGAAGGUAAGAUCAUGUUCAUCUUUGAUGGUUUGGAUGAGUGUCGUCUGCCUCUGGAUUUUCACAACAAUGUGAAGUUGUGUGAUGUGACUGAAUCAGCUUCAGUAGAUGUGCUACUGACGAACAUCAUUAGAGGGAAUCUGCUUCCCUCUUCUCUAAUCUGGAUCACCUCCAGACCAGCAGCAGCAGAUGUUGUCCCCUCUAAGUGUAUACAUCGAGUGACAGAGGUACGAGGCUUCAGUGACCCUCAAAAAGAGGAAUACAUCAGGAAGAAAGUCAGUGAUCAGACUCUGUCUGACAGAAUCAUCUCACACCUGAAGUCAUCCAGGAGCCUCUACAUCAUGUGCCACAUCCCAGUGUUCUGCUGGAUCUCAGCUACUGUUCUGAAGAAGAUGCUGAGUGAAGCAGAGAGUGCAGAGAUCCCCAACACUCUCACUCAGAUGUACACACAAUUCCUGAUGCUUCAACUAAGAAUAAAAAAUGAGAAGGCCUAUGAUAAGAAGAGUAGCGAUAUAGACAUAGUUCUCAAACUGGGGGAAUUAGCUUUUCAGCAGCUAGAGAAACUCAAUCUGAUUUUCUACAAGGAAGAUCUUCGAGAGUAUGGCAUUGAUGAGCAAGAAGCAUCUGUGUACUCGGGACUGUUCAGAGAGGAAUCAGGAAUGUUUCAGGGCAAAGUCUACAGCUUUGUUCAUCUGAGUGUUCAGGAACAUCUUGCAGCUUUAUAUGUGUACCUUUAUUUUGUGAAUGAAAACAUAAACAAAUUAAACCAACCAAAUUUUCUAACUAGCAUCCUAAAAUGUGUUCCAACUGUAUUUGAUGUCUAUCAGACAGCUGUGAAAAAAGCUCUGCAGAGUACCUCUGGACAUCUGGAUCUGUUUCUUCGCUUUCUACUGGGUUUCUCACUGGAGUCCAAUCAGAAUCUCUUAGGAGACCUACAGGUGCAGACAGAAAGCAGCUCUGACAGCAGAGAGCAAAUAGUUGGGUUCAUAAAGGAGAAGAUCAAAGAGAGUCCUCCUCCAGAGAAGAUGAUCAAUCUGUUCCACUGCCUGAAUGAGCUGAAUGAUCAUUCCCUAGUGGAGGAGAUACAGGAUUUUCUACAAUCAGAGUCUAGAAUAAAUAUGAAACUCACAGCUUCACAGUGGUCAGCAAUGGUCUUUGUAUUGCUGACUUCAGGACAGAAACUAGAUGUUUUUGAUUUAAACAAAUACAUCGGAACUUACAUCUUGCCAGAUGAAAGUCUUCAAAGGCUACAACCAGUGCUUGCAGCAUCCAGAACCGCAAAGCUUUGUGAGCAUAACCUGACAAAGAGAGGCUAUAGUGUUUUAGUGUCUGUUCUUACCUCCAAAACUUCAUGCCUAAGAGAGUUAAACCUGACUAGGAGUGCUGUAAAUGAUUCAGGAUUAAAACUGCUAUGUUCUGGGCUGGAAAAUCCUCAAUGUAAGCUGGAAACACUGAGACUGGAGUUUUGUGGUGUUUCUGAUAAAGGUUGUGACUUUCUGGCAUCAGCUCUGAGAUCAAACCCCUCACAUCUGAAAGCACUGGAUCUCUCUGGAAAUACAUUGAAUUUCACUGGAUUGAAAAAUCUUUUGGCUGAAUUUCAGAAGCCUCAUUGUAAACUUCAGAGACUGUGUUUGAGACUUUGUGGUCUCACAGAUGUAGGUUGUGAUGCUCUGGCUUCAGUUCUGAGAUCAGACCCCUCACACCUGACAGAGCUGAAUCUGUCUGGAAAUAAACUAGGGGAUUUGGGAAUGAAGCUGCUCGCUGGCGGACUUCAGAAUCCUCACUGUAAACUACAGAUAUUGAGGUUGGGAGACUGUAGUAUUACUCAUGAAGGCUGUGCAGCUCUGGCUUCAGCUCUGAGAUCAAACCCCUCACACCUGAGAGAACUGGAUUUGUCUGGGAAUAAACUCAAUAACGCUGGUGUACAGAUCCUGUCUGGUGAACUGGAAAAUCCUGACUGUAAUCUUGAGAUACUCAGGUUAGAGAAUUGUGAUGUCGGCGAAGAGGGGUGUGCUGCUCUGGCUGAAGCUUUAAAAUCAAAUCCUUUAACUCUGAAAGAGCUGGAUCUAUGCUGGAAUAAACUGGGAAACUCAGGGGUGCAGCGACUUUGUACUUCAUUGGAGAAUCCAAACUGUACAUUGGGAGUUUUACGACUGACAGGCUGCAACAUAUCAGAGAAUGGCUGUGCAGCUCUGGCUUCAGUAUUAAGAUCAAACCCCUCAUAUCUCAGAGAUCUGGAUCUUUCUCAUAAUGAUCUGAGAAGCUCAGGGGUGAGAUUGCUCUCUAGUGCUCUAGAGAAGCCUGAUUGUAAACUGGAGAUACUACGUUUGGAAUAUUGUAAAAUCACAGAUGAUGGUUGUGCUGUUCUGGCAUCAGCGUUGAAAUCGAAUCCCUCACACCUGAGAGAGCUAUAUCUGUACAUGAACUCUUUUAAUUUAACAGCUUCGGGAAGACAGCUGUUGUCUAAAAUAAAAGAUGAUCCACACUAUAAACUACAGACACUGCAUUAUGAAUCACAUUUUUUUUGCUAAAUAAGUAUUUGUCUGUACAGAAAGUGACAUGCAUGUCUGAAAUGAAAAGAGACUGAUUUAGACCUUUCACUCCAGCUUUAUUAAGUCAUCUGAAAUGAAUUGAAUAUUGUUUGACUGAUUUUACAGUAAGUUUACACUGGCUUUCUCCAGUGACUUACUGUCAUUUUUUUACAUAAUUUUUCUUGUCAUGUGGAUGCAGGAAAAAAAAACAUGAUGCAGUGUUUAACAUGAAUGUUUCACAUGACAACAAGGUACUUUGACUUGACCAAUGUCUGUA